AUGCCACCUAUUUCGCUGCCCCGUGAUUUCCAAUGGGGAUUCGCAACAGCUGCCUAUCAAAUCGAAGGAGCUGUCGAUGAAGAUGGUCGCGGGAAAUCAAUUUGGGAUACAUUUUGUCAUCUUGAGCCCACGCGGACGAAAGGAGCCAGCGGAGAUAUUGCCUGUGAUCACUACCACCGCUUUGAGGAGGAUUUUGAUCUUCUCUCUAGUUACGGAGCGAAGGCCUACCGAUUCUCAAUUUCUUGGUCACGGAUUAUUCCGCUGGGAGGGCGGAAUGACCCGGUGAAUGAGUCUGGCAUCGAGUUUUACAACAAGCUCAUUGAUUCCUUGCUUGCCAGGGGUAUCACUCCUUGGGUCACCUUGUACCACUGGGACCUCCCUCAAGCACUUCAUGAUCGCUAUGGUGGGUGGUUGGAUGUGGAACAGUCCCAGCUCGACUUUGAACGAUAUGCCGAGAUCUGCUAUGAGCGAUUUGGAGACAGAGUGAAGAAUUGGAUUACUCUCAACGAGCCAUGGAUUGUGUCUAUCUUUGGUUAUGCUACUGGUGGAAAUGCGCCAGGCCGAAGCAGCAUCAAUCCAUAUUCCACGGAGGGCAACACAGCCACAGAGCCCUGGAUUGUUGGAAAGGCCUUGAUCAUGAGCCAUGCCCGCGCUGUUGCCCUGUAUAAUAAGAGAUUCCGAGCUUCUCAACAGGGCAAGAUUGGGAUUUCGCUCAAUGGCGAUUAUUACGAACCUUGGGACUGGCAAGAUGAGCGUGACCAACUCGCUGCAGAACGUCGCAUGGAAUUCCACAUCGGGUGGUUCGCUAACCCGGUCUGCUUAGCACAAGACUAUCCCGUCUGCAUGAGAGAGCAGCUCGGUGAGAGACUCCCCAAGUUUACAGAUGCUGAGUUUGAUCUCCUUCGCGAAGCCGACAUGGACUUCUACGGCAUGAACUAUUACACUUCUCAAUUCGCACGUCAUCGUGACGGGCCCGCGCCAGAAACUGAUUUCUUGGGAAACGUGGACGAAUUCCAGGAAAACAAGCAGGAAGUGUCUGUCGGCGAACCGAGUGGUGUUCAUUGGCUUCGCUCGACUCCCGGUCUUUUCCGCAAGCAUUUGACGAGGGUGUACCGGAAAUAUGGAAAACCGAUCUAUAUCACGGAAAACGGGUGUCCAUGUCCGGGUGAGGACAAGAUGACUCGUGAAGAGGCCGUCGAAGAUGAGUAUCGGAUGCGGUAUUUCCAGGAUCAUCUUGAUGCCGUCGGACUGGCUUUCAACGAGGAUGGCUCAGAUAUCAAAGGAUACUUUGCGUGGUCGUUGAUGGAUAACUUGGAAUGGUCUGAUGGCUACGGUGUCCGAUUUGGCGUCACUUUCACCGAUUACGACACUCUGGAGAGAACGCCGAAGAAGUCCGCGUUGCAAUUGAAGACCAUGUUCGAUGAGCGGAUGGCUGCUGGGACAGAUGGCGCUGAAAGAUCUUCUGUUACCAAUUGCGACUGUUCGGAUUCAUCGUCGAUAUGCACCAGUUGUCGCUUAUCGGGAGGUUCAUGCACGUUUGAUUUGCCGCUUGCUAGACGAGGACCCAAGACGAAGCGGCAAAAGUCCAGUAAUGAAGCUCAUCCGAAUUCUCUACGCAGCCCUUCCCCGCCUUCUUUGGAUUUACCGGGACACAGCCCUAAUACUGGCUUGGGCGUUACACCAACUGCUGCAGUUUCACUCGAUGCAUGGGACUCUAGUCUUACAGUGGUCGAUCCCGUGCUCUCGCCUGACACAGUUCACACAGUUCGAACUUCUAUCUCGGGUACCGCAUCGGCAAGGGCCAUUUCAGCCUUACAACGAUGGCAAAACCUAGCACAUGAACUAUGUUCAAGAGAUCUAUCGGCAAAUCUAGAGAGAACAGUAAACCGCUCUUUUGAGCUGUUCUUUCAAUAUCUCUUCCCGUUGAUUCCACUGGUUCAUGAACCUAGUCUUCGAGAUGGACUCAGCUUCUUUGUUACCCAGAGAAAUAACACAACGGAAGAUGGUUUGAUAUACGGGCUCAAUAGUCUCAAAUAUCCAGAGUUGUGGCCAGAUGUUACUUUCACAUUAGUCACUGCUGUCUGUGCCGAGGCAGCAUUCCUUCUUCCGAAAAAUAUCUUCCCUGAAGGAGAAAGCAUCGCAGAGAUAUUUCUUGAGGCCUCUCGCAACUGCUUGAUCACAUACCUGGAGGCCGAUCUUGAAUACCCCAAUGCCAAUUCUGUUGCAGUUCGAUACUUUCACUCCAACUGCAUGCAUGCAGCUGGCAAACCACGACUGUCAUGGCAUAUAUUCGGCGAGGCUACCAGAUUGGCGCAGGUGAUGCAGAUGCAUGAAGAGGAAUCUCUCCAGGGUCUCUCGCUUCUGGAGGCAGAGUUCCGACGACGUGCAUUCUGGAUAGUCUACAUCGGUGAUAAAUCAGCCGCCAUCUUGAAUAAUCGGCCAAUCACCAUUCACAAAUUCUCAUUUGAUUCGGGAAUCACCAUCGGGUAUCCCAUGGGCAUCGAAGACGAAAGUGUCGUGACACCGAGAAGCGCGGAUUCAGAUGAUACAAAUAGUCGGAAGAGUUUUAUCGCAGGCUUCAACGCCAAUCUCCGGCUCUGGCAAAGUGCAUCAGAUUUACUUUUGGAGAUGCGACUGAUAGACCAAAGCAGGACAGUAAAUGGGAUUGCUCGUUCACCACCUACAGCCGAGGAGAGGCAUCGAUUGGAUCAUCUCUAUGUGCUUUUUGCUACCUCCCUCGAUGACUUGCCCUCGCUCCUACAACCAGACAAGCUGAUGAUCAACGUGGGCGAAGAAAGCAACCAACUAAAUAGCUUGAUGAGACAGUGUGGUAUUCAAGCGGCAAAUCUCCAUGUCUCAUUGCACUGCCUCAAGAUGGUAAUCACGCAGAAGUUGGAAGAGUUCAACUAUUUCAUUCCGACGCGCAAUGACAUGUUGUUACUGAGAAAAACCGACAUCGCGCGCGACAUGCUGCGUGUUAUCCGGGACGCUCCUUUCUGGACACUGCAGGUGAAUGGCGAACCAUGCGUGGAAAAGAUCCGGCUUAUCGGAGCUAGUUUGCUAGAGAUUAUUGAUCAGCAUGAGAAUUCCCCCCUAUCUGUUCGAGCACGGAAUGAUCUCUCGGUGUUACUGGAUAUUCUGACCGAACUUGACUCGAAAGCAUCGGAUACAUUGCGGCGAUUGCUCUGA